UAACACGCGAUGCGCCUCCAUGCGGUAUAUGCUCUAUGAGGUUUUUAAUAAAAAAUGCGUAAAUUAAAAUGUUAAAAACAUAAAAAGUCAAAAACUUUAUAGUGUGGAGUGGAUAGAGGCGUUCAGAAAUUCUUAAUUUCCUUUUUUUUUGUGAUAAUAAAAGAUAUACAGGCCACGAGAAGCGAUUGAUGUGGGGGUUUGACUAUACCGUAAAUCAUAACCACAUGACAUUUAUAGAGGAGUGAAGCUAUAAUAUAUUAUACUCCGGUAAUUAAAAUAUCCAUUUUUCGUUUCUGUGACUUUUUUAACUUAACCUCAAACGGUCAAGGGCAAUACAGCUUUCAUAAGUAAAAUUCCACGGUAUUUGUCAAAAUAUAUUACAAAAUUCUCAGUGAAAAGAUGGCACAAAAAUUAAUCAAUAUAAGGGACCAGUUAGUUAGUUCUCUUCAUGAUAAUACUAAACCAUGGACAUCGAUUUUAGCAAAAGCUGAGAGAAGGACUGGUGUGAACAGGCUUUAUAUAUUUUUUGGCUCAGCAGCUCUCAUCAGCCUGUGGCUGGUAUUCGGUUACUGCGCUCAGCUGGUGUGCAAUACCGUCGGCUUUCUUUAUCCAGCUUACGUAUCAAUUCACGCCAUAGAGUCUAAAUCAAAGGACGAUGAUACCAAGUGGUUAACUUAUUGGGUAGUUUACGCCCUUUUUUCAAUCGCUGAAUAUUUUGCAGAUUUCAUUGUACACUGGUUUCCCUUGUAUUGGCUUGUGAAGUUUGGAUUUAUGGUUUGGCUCAUGAUUCCUACAGAAUUUAAUGGUUCGAUAUUGCUCUACCGCAAAAUCGUCAAACCUUACUUUUUGAAACAUCAUCAGGCCAUUGAUAACACAUUAAACAAGGUUAAAGAUUCAGCUACCAAACUGCUUGAGAAAAAUGAGUAAUCUCGCUAGUACUAACAACGCAUUGGUGUACCAAGGAAUGUUUAAUUUUUAAUUUUCGAUUAAAAGUGCACAGGUUUAACACAGGUCAUUACUGAAUUGUGCAUGCUAGAAGAAAUUUAAUUUGCGAUAUCCUAACGUUAUUAUUAAGAGCUUAAUAAUUAUUUAUGUAACGCUCGAUACACCGUUGUGAUAAUGAUGAGUAUAAUGCUUUAAAACGAAAUACAGGUUUUAUAAAAACAUAUUUUCUUAACUUCUUUGCAGAGUAAGAUUUAAUAAAAUAUUUACCUUAUAAUGUAUAUGUGUGGAUAUGUGAGUUAAAUAAAGGGUUGACCCAAAUACAAAUGUUUUAUUAACAAAAUGAUAAAAAUAUGUUUAUACUACAAAUUAUAAUGUCAUAUUAAAGCGUUAAUUACUAGCAGA